AUGACUACAACUACUGCCAUUGUUUUUGGUGCGACCGGAGACGUUGGGUCUGCCGUUGCCUUAAGGGCCAGACAACUAGGCCUAGCGGUAGCUCUCGCCACAAGAAGCCUCACAAAGCCCAUCCCUGGCCUUGACAUCAAGCUCGAGCAGAGUCUUGGCUUCACGAGAGUCGAAGCAGACCUUACACAGCCUGCUACUGUUUAUGAUGCCGUAGUACGGGCGAAAGCAAAUCGAGCCUUCAUCUACAUGGCUUAUGGCACAUCUGACCACAUGAGGUCUUCCAUCAGCGCUUUGAAAUCGGCUGGCAUCGAAUUUCUUGUAUUGUUGAGCAGCCACGGCGUCCAAGGAGACAAGAGGGCUAUACUCCCGAGCAACUACAUACCCUGGAGUAAUGCGCAAGUCGAGAUCGUCCUAGAGGAGAUCAUGGGAUCGAAUGGUUUUGUGGCUUUGCGGCCUGCCUAUUUCGCUAGUAAUACUCUCUGGUGGAAGUCAAUGAUCCGAGAGAGGAUUGUCAAGACCGCUUAUCCGGACCUUCAGUUUGACUGGAUCUCACCGAAGGACGUCGGUUACGUCGGGGCAGCCCUACUGGCGAAAUCAGCUACUGUCUCAUCGGACGUCCUUUAUUCAAAUUUCGUCUACCUGUGUGGUCCAGAGCUAUUGUCUCAACGGGAUGCUGUCCUAGCUGUCGGCCAAGCCCUUGACACGGCUAUCGAUGUGGUGUCUGUAACCGAGGAUGAGCACGUGCAGGCUAUAAGAGAAGGCGGUGAGCCAGAGGAGGUUGCGAGGUCUUCAGUCGAGAUGAUGAGCAUCAGGCACCAGCAAGGACCACGCGACCCUACGUAUUCUGCACCCUUCUACGAAAUGUAA